UAUGAGUCUUCAAUCUAUUGUAUUUGAUGGUACUAAACUGGAAAUCAUUGAUCAACUUCAGUUGCCCAAUACUACUAAAUAUAUAGACAUUAAAGAUACUAAAGAUGGUCAUAGAGCUAUUAAAACUAUGCAGAUAAGAGGAGCACCGGCAAUAGCAGUUUUGGGAUCGUUGAGUCUACACGUUGAAAUGCUACGUUGUGAAUUUGCAUCGGCAACUGAUGUUAAAAUAUUUGUAGAAGAGAAAAUGACAUAUUUAGUAUCUGCGAGACCAACUGCUGUAAAUAUUUCCGAAGCGAAGGAUAGACUUGUUAAAUUGGCCUCGGAAUCCGUUUCAAAUUCCAAAUCUGCAUCGGAAGCUAAAGCUCUAAUUCUUGAAGCUACUAAAAAUAUGCUUAAAGAAGAUGUUGAUACAAAUAAAGCUGUAGCUACUCAUGGAGCAAUGCAUUUAUUAAAUACAGUCGGUGGUGAAAAGGUGUCUGUCUUGACACAUUGUAAUACUGGUUCAUUGGCUACUGCAGGUUAUGGAACGGCAUUAGGUGUAAUUAGGAAAUUAGGUGAAGAAGGUCGUUUGGAACAUUGUUAUUGUACUGAAACUAGACCCUAUAACCAGGGAGCAAGAUUAACAGCGUACGAGUUGACUUGCGAAAACUUACCUUCUAGUCUGAUUUGUGAUGAUAUGGUUGCCUAUCUCAUGAAAGAGAAGAAAAUAUCUGCAGUUUUCGUUGGUGCAGAUCGUGUAGUUGCCAACGGAGAUACAGCAAAUAAAAUUGGAACUUAUCAAAUAGCUAUAUGUGCUAAAUAUCAUAAUAUACCAUUCUACGUAGUUACUCCAAGAACAACGAUUGAUUUAAGUAAGAAAUCUGGCAAAGAAAUUAUCAUAGAAGAGAGACCACAUUCCGAAAUGACUAAAAUAGGAGAUUGUCAGAUUGCUCCACAAGGAAUGAAUUGUUGGAAUCCAGCUUUUGAUGUUACACCAGCGGAACUUAUAACUGGUGGCAUAGUUACGGAAAUUGGAGUGUUCCAUCCAAAUAAACUAGAACAGGAGCUACGAAAGAGCUAA